AUGGAUUAUGGACCAGCCAGGAACUCACCAUUUAGAAACCUGCUGAAAAUAUUUUGCCUUCUCCCAACAGUGGCUUACGCUCAGCUACUCCACCCGGGCGAUGCGAAGUACGAGGAGCAGGCCGUGCGGGGGGUGCGGCACCAGUCCGUGCAGCUGGCUUGUGGCGACGUGGUCUCGCCCAUGGUGGUUUUUUGGAGCUUCACCAAGCUGGGCUCGCUGGUGCCCAGGGCCGUUGCCAUCAGCAACGGGAUAGAGUCCAAGGUGGAGAAGGCUUCUGCGGCCCUGGGGCAGGUGAGCCUGCAGAACGGCACCCUGGAAGUGAGCGACCUGCAGACGGCUGCCCAAGGGCGCUUCAUGUGCCAGGCAAUGUUCGAGGAGGACGGCGAGAUCAAAGUGGGCUACUUCUACAUAGAGCUGGUCGUGCUAGUUCCCGUUCCGAAGCCCUUCCUGCAGAUGACCGACCCCACGCCAGUGGAAGGCACGGUGGUGACGAUGACGUGUGCGGUGAAGGAGGGGACGCCUCCCAUCGGGUACUCCUGGCACCGCCACACCAACAGGGAGGGUGCGGUGGCUGUCGCGGAAGCUGCCGGUGGGCUGCUGAACCUGACAGCGGCUAACCGGACUGACAUGGGCUGGUACGCCUGCACCGCCCACAACGAGGUCAACAGCCAGACCAGCGACAGGAUGUAUCUCGACGUCAUUUAUGGCCCUGAUGAACCCGUGAUCAACGUUGAGCCGUUUGCUAUUAACCAGAACGGCUUCUCAGCUAACGAGCAGGAGGAGGUGAUCCUGACCUGCCUGGCCCCUUCCAACCCGCCCAGCCACUACAUCUGGUUUUACAACAGCUCCCAGAUCUACUCCGGCCAGAAGUAUGUGAUAGCCAAGAUCUCCCGGACUCAGACGGGCACCUACACCUGCCUGGCCCAAAACACACAUCUCAAUACGCGCACUCAGACCACCAUCAUCCUCACCGUCUACUAUCUGCCCGAGGGGAAGCCCAGCUGCACACCAGUCCCUGCUGCCAAUUUCCGGGACAUUGCUCUGCAGUGUUCGUGGCCAGGCGGGUUCCCCCCAGCGCGGCUGCGGUGGGUGAGAGCCGGCCGGGAAGCAGACGCUGCAGCGUCCUACUCCAAUGCUACCAGAAUCCACCGAGGGGUGGAUGUCCGGAACGGCAGCUCGUACACCUGCCUGGCCUCCCACCCAGCACUCAGAGAGGAUGCUGUCUGCACCACCACUGUGUAUCUGCCCGAGGGGAAGCCCAGCUGCACACCAGUCCCUGCUGCCAAUUUCCGGGACAUUGCUCUGCAGUGUUCGUGGCCAGGCGGGUUCCCCCCAGCGCGGCUGCGGUGGGUGAGAGCCGGCCGGGAAGCAGACGCUGCGGCGUCCUACUCCAAUGCUACCAGAAUCCACCGAGGGGUGGACGUCCGGAACGGCAGCUCGUACACCUGCCUGGCCUCCCACCCAGCACUCAGAGAGGAUGCUGUCUGCACCACCACUGUGUGGGUCCCCGUGGGGAACCCCACCUGUUCUGCCAUGGCUACGAAGCAGAACGAAUUCCUCAUGCUGUCCUGCGACUGGGCGGGAGGCCUGCCCCGUGUCACACUCUGGUGGAGAGACUGGCGGAACCGCGUGCUGGGUGGCUUGAAACCAUCCAGCAACAUCUACGUCAUGCAGUCCAACAGCACCCUUGGGGGCAAGGAGUUCACGUGCAUCGCAGCCCACCCUCUGCAGGCCAGAGCCACGGAGUGCCUUGUCCGGCUGGAUGUUCCCAAGCUGGCGGCCGAGCGCACCGAGGUGUCGCUGUUCGAGGGCGGCGAGGUCCAGCUGGCCUGCGCGCUGCAGGGCCCCCACCUGGGCUCUGAAGUGUUCUGGUUCAACAACAAGCACCAGGUGAUCCGGCCGGACGCUGCGAGGUACAGGCUGCAGCAGGGCGAUGCCUGGUUCAACCUGACCAUCCGGGACACCGAGUGGAUGAGGGACAGCGGCACCUACCACUGCGCGGCCGUGAACGCCGUGGGCAACACCACCGUCCCCAUCAGGCUCCGCGUGAAGAAGUACCCGACGCCCCCCAACGUGACGAUCAGCAAGCUGAUGUACACCCGGCAGCGCACUGAGGUGCAGCUGGAGUGGGUGACGCAGGGCUCGGGGAACCUGACCGGCUUCGUCGUCCAAAGGCAAGAAGCAAAGAAAUCCUCGCUGGGCCCAUCCCGGUCGGCAGCCCGGGCCUGGGAGACGGUGGCCAGUGACAUAGAACCUGACAUCCGAGACCACAGGGUGGGCGGCCUGGACCCGGCGGUGGUGUACGCCUUCCGCAUCCUGGCUGUCAACCACCGCACCACCGGGCACCCGUCCGAGGGGAAGACCCCAGCUGACCCCCCUUUCAACGCCUACCCCGCCGUGAUAGGCGCUGCAGUAGCAGGGAUGGUCGUGGCGGCGGUUGCCUCUCUGCUGGCGUUUCAGUACAUUGUCCGGAACCGGGACAACAACCCACGGCUGCACGACCUGCUCUUCGGCAUGGCUGGCCCAGAGGCUCAUGAACACAUCAGCACUCCGGAAGACGCUGAGACGGCCGCAGGCAUGGCAGAGGCUGAGACGGGCGGGGAGCUUGGGGGCACAUCCCCCACAUCCCCCCCGGUCGGGGAAGCAGCAGCAGGUAACUGGGGCCCAAGUGCAGCUGAUAUGACAAGUGUCACCCAGAGCCCCCCUGCGUCCACCCAGGAGGCUCCCCCAGCUCCAGAUCUUGCUGAUGACGACCCGCCGGUCAAUGUCACAAUCACAGUGACUGCGACAUCGUGA